AUGGCCAGAAUACCAGCAGUCAAGCGACGAAGGCUUACACCUCCUGUGGCAGAUGGAGACGACUCCUCGCCUUCCACCCUCGAGCACGAAACGAAGACGAACGCCUUCUUCAAACAAGCCUCGGGCUGGAAUCUAGAGCAGGACUACGAGUCGAGACCAAGGAAGGGGAGCAAGAAAGAGAAGGAGAGCACAAGAUUGCCGAUCAAGACAUCCGAUGGACUCAUUCAACAAGUUGAUUUCUUUGAAGAGGCUCGAGACGACGAGAGUGAUUUGGAAUGGCUCGGUGCAGAGGAAUCAGAGGAGGCGGUUGAAGUAGAGGUCGUAAAGAAUCCAAAAGUUUCCAUGCGGCAGCAGAUCUUGCAAGCACAGGAGGAAAUGGCUCGAAUUGCCUUGAUGUUGAAUGAGGAUCCGGAAGAGAAUGUUGGCGCUUUCAAGACAUUGGCACAAUUCGGACAAUGGGAGAACACAACCAUCAAGAAAUUGGCGCUUGCAACACAACUGGCGAUCUACAAGGAUGUCAUACCUGGUUAUCGAAUACGACCGCUUUCCGAAGAAGAUAUGGAGGUUAAGGUUUCGAAAGAGGUGCGAAAGCUUCGAGCGUAUGAGCAGGCGUUGGUGGGAGGGUACCAGAUAUAUAUUCGAGAGCUGGCCAAGCUUGCACAGUCUGGAAAAGGAGGCCUGUCUAGGGACGGAGGACCUAGUCUGGGGAGUGUUGCCAUAUCCUGUGCUUGUGCUCUUUUGACAGCAGUACCGCAUUUCAACUUUCGAGGGGAUUUGUUAAAGAUCCUGGUUGGGAAACUGAGCAAUCGAAAAGUGGAUGCGGAUUUCGUCAGAUGCCGGGAGACAAUUGAAACCCUGUUUCAGAAUGACGACGAUGGAACACCAUCACUCGACGCCGUGUCGAUUCUGACGAAGAUGAUGAAGGCUCGAGGGUACCGGAUUGAUGAAAGUGUCCUUAACACUUUUCUACAUCUACGCCUACUUUCAGAAUUCUCGUGGAAAGCUUCGACGAAUCAUAUUGACAAGCCGGGCAAUGGUGAUGGUGGAUUUGAGGGGAGGAAGUUGAAAGAAAAGAGGGUUUUCCGAACCAAGAAAGAGAGGAAGUUGAUGAAGGAGCGAAGAGUUAUAGAGAAGGAAAUGAAGCAAGCAGAUGCGACAGUCAGCAACGAGGAGAAGGAUCGCAUGCAAGCCGAAACUCUGAAGCUGGUGUUCGUGACGUAUUUCCGGAUCUUGAAGAUGCGAUCGCCAAAUCUCAUGGGGGCUGUUCUGGAAGGGUUGGCUCGUUAUGCGCAUCUCAUCAAUCAAGACUUCUUUGGGGAUCUACUUGAAGCGUUGAAGGAUCUCAUUGGCCAUGCUGAGACGGGCGACGAUAUCGAAGAGCAGCAGGAGAAGGAUGACGAAACGACCCGAAAUCUAACACGUGAAGCCCUUCUCUGCAUUAUCACAGCAUUUGCCCUCCUGGAAGGUCAAGAUGCAGCCAAAGCACAAGCAACACUCAGCCUCGACCUCAGCUUCUUUAUUACGCAUCUGUACCGAACCUUGCAUGCCCUGUCCCUUAACCCUGAUAUCGAAUUGAGCGCCAAAUCUCUCCAUCUCCCCGAUCCAAACAGUCCCGCCUCCACCAACAAUAAAGUCAAUAUCCAGACAACCACUGUACUCCUUCUGCGUUCUCUGUCCUCGGUCCUGGCCCCACCGCUUGCAGCAAGGGCUGUUCCACCGUUACGAAUUGCUGCUUUCACGAAACAGCUUAUGACGAGCUCGUUGCAUUUGCCAGAAAAGUCUUGCAUCGCAAUGAUCGGGUUACUAGGAAGAAUUACGAAGACGCACAAGAAGAAGAUUGCUGCCUUAUGGAAUACGGAGGAGAGAAGAGGAGACGGGGUGUUUCAUGCAUUGGGAGGUGAGGUCGAGGGUAGCAACCCAUUUGCUGCAACAGUCUGGGAGGGGGAGAUGCUGAGGAAGCACUUCUCUCCUGCUGUUCGAGAUGGUAUGAAGAUCAUAGAGAAGAACGUGUUGGGGUUGAGAUAG